AUGGGAGCUGAGAAAUGGCUUGACAUUGAGCUUUGGGACACACCUAAUGAAUGUUUCGAAGUUUUGAAGUCUCGCGGUUACAGAAUCGCCACAACUCAUUUGGGAAUGGAAACGGUUUCCAUUUACGAUAUGGACUGGUCAUGUCCAACCGCAAUAGUUGUUGGAAAUGAGGGCAGCGGAAUAAGCAAAGAAGCGUUGGAGUUAUCAGAUCUGCAUUGCAGUAUUCCGAUGAACGGAAUGGUGGAUUCGUUCAAUGUCUCAGUGGCUGCAGGGAUUCUGAUGCACCACGCAGUCUGUGACAGAGCCACUCGUCUGGGAAGUCAUGGAGAUCUGUCGGAAGAAGAGAAAGAGAUAUUGAUGGCUGAGUUUUCGCUUCGUCACAGUAGAAGCUCACUUUUUAUUGCUUCCGAGUUCGCUAAACGUAGACAACAACAAUCUACUGCUUCUUUCUAA